GCGGUUGCGCUUAUGCAUCGCGAUACUUCCCAGCCGGAUAUAGCUUUGCAGCUUGGGGAGCAGUCGCUGGUGUUUUGGUGUUUCAGCUUGCAGUGUCGGUUCGAUAGCGGUACCCAGGACAUGGACAAUGUGUUUGUCCAGCACAGCGUUAAAGUGCUCAGUGCCCUUAACAAACAGAGAGAAGAAGGCCGAUACUGCGAUGCCACAUUGGUCGUUGGAAAUUUCAAUUUUAAAGCACAUUGGAGCAUCUUGGCCUGCAGUAGCCCAUUUUUCCAGAGCCUAUAUGGAGACGGGACUUCUGCCAACAUUAUCUUGCACGAAAGCUUUUCUGAAGUAAUUGGGCUUGUGCUGGACUUUCUUUACACUGGAGAGCUGGCUCUUACAGAGGAAAAUGUUCAGAAGGUCCUUCUUACUUCAAAAGAACUUGAGAUUUUGGAAGCAAUUGAUGUGUGUGAAAGGUUUCAGCCCAAAACCUUUCAGUCUCAUGAAAAUGAAGGUAAUGAUCAGGAACCCGACACUGAAGAAGCUAUAGAUGAACAUUUAAAGCAAACAAACGAGGCAGAUGAAGAAAGAGUACAAAGUGAUGUUACGGUGCUCACUAAUACCCUGUCUCCAGAAGGCAUAACUGGUCAAAGCCAUGAGCAGGACAGGACUGUGUCUGUGCAUCAAGUCCCCAGGGAAAAUUCUCCUGUUCUUCCAGAAGCCUUUCAAAAACCCAAUGAUACAGAAGACCCUCAGGAGCACAGAGAAUUCCAGCGGCAAAAGAAAAGCCAGAGGGGCGACCAGACAGUUAACAGUGAAUGCAUAACGUGGGAUUUAGAAGUGGGCCAGAUCCAUGAAGAUAUAACCGAAGAGGAUCCAUACAUUCAUGAAGAGGUAGAUGAAGAUUACAUCCCAGAGCCAAAGACUCCAGACGCUAACCAGAAGGCCUGCUUGGUUAAGAAGAUUAGUGUAGUUACUGACAAUGUACUGCCCAUUAAUGCACUUGAUGGUGCAAAUCAGGCAAAUGAGGGGAAUGCUAACAAGACAGUGCAAUGCUCCACGUGUCAUAAAACAUUUCUCAGCAAAUAUUAUCUGAAAGUACAUAACAGAAAACACACAGGAGAGAAACCCUUUCAGUGCUUAAAAUGUGGCAAAAGUUACUUCAGGAAAGAGAACCUUUCAGAGCACGAGGCUCGGAAUUGCAUGAACAGGACGGAGCAGUUUUUUACAUGUACCUUGUGUAAGGAAAUAUUCAAAAGGAGACUGGAGCUAAGAGUGCACAUGGUUUCCCACACUGGAGAAAUGCCAUACAAAUGCGUAUCCUGUCCCCAGCAGUUUAUGCAGAAGAAGAGUCUUCAAAACCACAACAUUAAGUUUCACGGAGCUCCAAAGCCCCAUGCAUGCCCCACGUGUGGGAAAUGCUUUUUUACUCGGACAGAACUUCGGUUGCAUGAAGCCUUCAAGCAUCGUGGAGAGAAGCUCUUUGUGUGUGAGGAAUGUGGGCAUCGGGCAUCCAGCAGGAGUGGGCUGCAAAUGCACAUCAAAGCUAAACACAGAAACGAGCGGCCAUAUAUUUGCGAAUUCUGCCACCAUGCAUUUACUCAGAAAACCAAUUUAAAUAUGCACCUCAAGACCCACACCGGGGAGAAACCCUUUCAAUGCCAUCUGUGUGGCAAAACAUUCAGAACUCAAGCUAGCCUGCAUAAGCACAACCGGACACAUACAGGGGAACGGCCUUUCAGCUGUGAGUUCUGUGGCCAAAAGUUUUCAGACAAGACUCCCCUUCAGAGGCAUGUCGCCAGCCGGCAUCAGGAAGGACGACCUCACUACUGCCAGAUAUGUGCAAAGACUUUUAAAGCCAUAGAACAGUUGCGGGUUCAUGUUGCACGACACAAAGGUGUAAGAAAGUUUGAAUGCACAGAAUGUGGUUAUAAAUUCACACGACAGGCACAUCUGAGGCGCCACAUGGAAAUUCAUAACCGCAUAGAGAACUACAAUCCCCGCCAGAGAAAACUCCGCAAUCUAAUCAUUGAUGAUGAGAAGAUGGUGGAAGUUGGCCUAGACAGCCCACAUGAACUGGAAGUGGGAUCCACAGAGGUCAUUGUGGAAUCUAUUUCAGGCAGCACAUUGGCAGAGGUCAUCACAGAGGAAAGGAUAUGCACAGAGGGCUUCCCACCGGAAGUGAUGGAGCAGUCUAUCAUCAUAACCGCCACAGCUAUCCCUCAUGACUGUGAAACGUGAUCAUGUUCAUCAAAUAAACUUCAGUCUUUUCAUAGAAAAAUAACCGUGUAUUUAUUCAUUGGGUCAGACUCAGAGCAAAGUGUGCUAAGGAUGCUGAAGCUCAGUACUUACCUGUAAAGGCUCUGUAUAUCAUACAUAUAAUAUAUAUUUCCAUAGACAUAAAUGAUCCUCACAGUGGGAGGAAACCAUUAUAAGUCUGUCACUGACUCACAGGGACCAUUUCACACCUUUUCCACCUUGAAUUUGGCUGUCAGUCAUUUGACCCCUCCCUCAGUGCGUAACACGUUAAACUGAUUCUGGGACUUGUAGUUGCUCUGCUUUCCAUAGUAUCCAUGCACUGCCCACCAUGAAAAGACUUGAAGUCCCAGAAUCCACAGCAACAUGGGGCAAUGAGAGGGAGAGGUUACACCAGUUACAUGACUUUUCCUGUAUAAGGAGGGGUGGGGUAACCAUCAUGGUUUCCUUUCAGGUUGUGAAAUCAUGUAUGUAUGGGUAAAAAAUAUAUAUAUUUAUUUUUGAAAGUUUGCAUAAUGUUUAUGCAUCUUUUUAAACAUAAUCCCAACUGAAUGAGCUCAUGUCAUACAAGUUGGGGGCAUAUUUUCCCUUUAAUGUUUUGUUGAGAAUGUAUAAUUGUAAUGUAAAAUUGCUUAUAGCACUGCUCGGCACUUUCACAAUUUAUGUUAAUUUAAUUUUUUCUUAUUUUCAAAAUAUUCAUUUUUGCCCUAACAGAAUGGUUCUGAAACUACAGCUCUACCUGCUGUUCGUUACGGCCCACCACACACAGCAGAAAAUUAUUUUUUUUUUACAAUUUCUUUGCAUCUGUUCAUCCUGUAUCUACAAUUAGUUUCUUGGUAACAAAUGCCCUGUUUUAUAUGAGAGGUUUUCAUGCUAAAGAUGCAUUUAUCUUCCUGUGUAAGAACUAAGCCCGCUGUAUCCUACACGUUAUAUGGUAUCUGCUGUGUAACCUAUGCCUUACUGGCCAUUCAGCUACAAUGGCUGCCCCCCUGGCUACAGAGCAGCUUAUUAAUAUAAACUAUAGUAGAGAUUCUUAAGCUCACAAGGAAGUUAUUCCAGUGCAGCUGUUAUAUUUAAACACAUUUUUUUGGUGUUACCUUUUUUUGUUGCCAAUAAGAACAGCAGGUGGCACUAUAUCAGCAGUGUAAAAACUGUUAUCUUGAAAAAUAAAAAUAAUGUAACUUGUGAAACAGAGGCCUGAGCUAUUUCACAUUUAAUUGUUUACAUUUCCUUUUUUUCUGGGUGAUUUAAUUCACUGUGGUGUGACAUAACAUUGUAACAUAACACAGUAAACUGUUUCCCCCCUCAAA